CUCCCCAUCAAGUCGUGCCAGCUCAGUUUCUGAGUGCUAAAGUAGCUCACAUCUUAUUCUCUCUCUAUCGCGCCGGAAUCCGGCGACAUGUUCGGUGGCGACCACUUCGCGGCGAAUGCCGUGCGUUGAGAUCGAAGACUGCGAUUUCGAAUUACCGAUUACCCAUCCGCCUCGAUUGUUUUUAUGGAGGAAACGUUCGCGGUACUAUCGGUGACGGGGAAACUCUGCUCGAUGAUUCGUGCGAAUUACGAACUUUUUCCUGGUUCAGUAGAGGCAUUUAUUUCUGGCUUGAUCUGAAGACAAUACGGUUCCGGUCCUUAUUCUCAAUUUGAUGAAUUGAUCUGAAGAAUGAAAAGGAGAUGGAGGUUGAUUGCGUGCAAAGGCCAAGAUUUAUUUCCUGGAUAUGGCAUGAUAGAAUUUCACUUUAGCUUUUUCUAGAAAUCUUUCUUGCGUGGGAAAUUUCGUGCGUUUCGUGCGGAGGGUUGGUAUACCAUAGACAAAUACGGUGAAAAAAGAUUGUUCAAACUAUUCCAUGGAGGAGGUACAAGAAGAAGUGAAUACUGUUUUUAGCUUAAAUUUGAAGGGAGAAGUAGAUGAUGGUCAUUCACCAUCCAGGCUGAGACCAGGUGAUUCACUCCUUCCAGGUCUUAUAGAUGAUGUUGCUUUGAACUGUCUUGCUUGGGUUUGUCGAUCUGAUUAUGCUUCAUUAUCACGUACCAACAAAAGGUUUAAUAAAUUAAUCAAGAGUGGGCUUUUGUAUGGGCUGAGGAGGCAGAUGGGUGUCAUUGAACAUUGGGUGUAUUUUGUUUGUGAUCCAAGGGGGUGGGAGGCGUUUGACCCUAUUAGAAAGAAGUGGAUGACCUUGCCUAAGAUACCUUGUGAUGAAUGCUUCAACCAUGCAGAUAAGGAAUCGUUGGCUGUUGGCACUGAAUUGUUGGUUUUUGGCCGUGAGCUGUUAGAUUUUGCCAUUUGGAAGUAUAACUUGGUUCAUCGAAGUUGGGUUAAGUGCGAGGGGAUGGAAUACAAACGCUGCUUGUUUGCCUCUGGUUGCCGUGGCUCUAUCGCUAUCGUGGCAGGUGGAAUUGAUAAGAAGGGGAAUAUACUGAAAUCUGCUGAGUUGUAUGAUUCUUCCACGGGUAAAUGGGAAUUGUUACCUAGUAUGCACACACCACGUAGAUUGUGUUCUGGUUUUUUUAUGGACGGCAAAUUCUACGUGAUUGGUGGGAUGUCGAGCCCUACUGAUUCGUUAACAUGUGGAGAAGAGUAUGACCUAGAGACAAAGAAGUGGAGGAAAAUAGAGGGAAUGUACCCCAACGUCAAUAAGGCUGCUCAGGCACCUCCACUUGUGGCUGUUGUGGGUAAUGAGCUCUACUCCGUAGAGCAUUUGACCAACAUGGUGAAGAAGUACAACAAGGCAAAGAACACCUGGGAUGUGCUGGGGAGACUUCCGGUCAAGGCUGAUUCUUCAAAUGGUUGGGGCCUUGCUUUUAAGGCUUGUGGCGAGGAACUUUUGGUUGUCGGUGGGCAGAGAGGUCCAGAAGGUGAAGCUAUUGUGCUGAACUCUUGGAAUCCGAAAUCGGGGUUCAAGAAUGGCACUUUGGAUUGGAAGGUGCUUGGUGUCAAAGAGAAUGUUGGGGUAUUUGUGUACAAUUGCGCGGUGAUGGGUUGCUGACUGUUAUUUCAGAAUUGACUUGAAGAAGGUACAGUACCUGCUAUCUGACCUGGCCGUUUAGGAUGCUUUCUUGCACAUUUGUUUCAGCAACCAGACUAAGUCUUUACAACAGGACUUGAACCUUGAACUUGGUUUUCUUUCUUAAUGCUUGUAUUUGGUUAUGUUUAUCCCUCCCCUUAUUUGAUGUUUAUUGCAUAAGAGGAAUAGAAAAAUCAUUUCAGCCUUGUCUCAUCUCCGUCUGAUGCACAAGGAGGUCAUCUCAGCAAAUGAAGUAAAAAGUCUUAGUGUGUUCAAUAACGACAUUCAUCUUUUGAUUCUUAA